AUGGCCAUGGACGAAACAGAGGAAUCCUUUGCCAGAACUCGCGCCGAGAUUAAAGCUUUUGAGAAGAGUAUCGGAAACGAUCCGAUUAAGCUCGAAUUGCUAAAGGUAGAUUUUUGGAUCGCGACCUUGACGCCUGGCGAUGGCAUGGCCGAUUUCAGAGAUAGUGCGAAACUGUUGGUGCAAAGCCCAAAUCAGGAAGAAAAGGGCGCUGGCGACUCUGACGAAUAUGUCUGUGACAAUGAGAAUGAGAAUAGCAGGGUUCGCGAAGACGAGUCGACCGUAGCUUCGGGCUAUGAUCAACCACAGUUCAUCCGCUUCCUCGAAAGACUCAACGCUGAGACUGUCUCGAGACAUCAUGCACCACACACUGGCCCUAUUCCUGGGUUGAAACAGGACAUCUCCCUCUUUCAUCACCAGCAACAUGCUGUUGCAGCCGCAAUUCACGCAAAGGACUCUCCCUUCAAGGGAAUGAUCCUGACCGACCCCUAUGGUCGCGGCAAGACUUUGUCUGCACUUGCUACGAUUGCCCUUUCGGCUCCAAACAGUACACUCAGAGGAAAUUCUUGCGUUAUUGUUGCCCCUCUUUCGUGCUGUGAUCAUUGGAUGGUGGAAAUUGCCAAGUUUUUUGGUAGGGAACAGAUGCCCUCCGUCUACAUUGCCGAAGGGAGUUCAGUGAACCCUCUUUCCUUAUACUGGUACAAAAUUGUAGUGACCUCUUACUCUUAUGUCGCUGCCGAGAUUACACGAGCUCGGAAGUACGCCCAAGGCGUUGCCGCGUACAAGGAAGGGAAAAUCGCCCGACCGCCGUAUCGGCCCUGGUUGAUCCUAUUCUCUGGCCUACAUGAUCUGGAGUCCCAAAAGCCGAUGGGACAAUGGCUUGUUCUGGAUGAAGCUCAUGCGAUCAAAAACCGGGGAACCCGCACAUACGAUGGUAUCUCGGAACUUCGGCGCAAGUUCGAUAGCUGUUUGAUGAUAACAGCGACACCAGCGGAAACUAAGUUGGAUGAUGCUUAUGCUCUUACGAGCAUGCUCCGAGGUCAUCCGGAAAGCGUGCUGUAG